UUGUUUGUUAAAUGUUUUUUAAUUGACACUUUAUUUCUUAUAGAUUUGUUAUAUUUUAUUAAUUGUCAUCAUUUUCACCACAAAUUCACAAUUCACAGCCAUUACUGAACGUAUGCCACAAAUGAGUAGAAGUGAUGUCUUAUCACAUCCAAAAAGGGGAACCGGAUUUGGAAUCGGACUCAGAUGACGGUCGUUUGGCCUCUUUGGAUGCGCUCAGGUAUGCCUUAAGCACCGCUCCCUUCUUCAGACGCGUCCACAACAUCGAGAGACUCGACUCCAAGACUGCCGACGACUACUCGUUCCCACCGGACAAGUGUGCCAUUCAUGUCAAUAAUGUCUCGUUUGCUUACGAAGAAGAACUGGUUCUCAAUCAACUCACUCUUCAAGUGCCUAAAGGCAGGAUUUAUGCCCUUUUAGGAAGACUCAAACCACAAAGCGGUUCCAUUCGGGUGUUUGGCACAAACCCGGCCAUAAACGCUGUGCCGGGAAUUGGCGUCGGAUUUAUGCCCCAAAAGAUAGCUCUCUAUGAAGAGCUGACCAUCGAUGAGACGCUUCAAUACUACGGCUACUUAUAUCAGGUGCCGAUGGCUCUCAUCUACCAAAGAGUCAAUUUCCUGAUCUCACUCUUCAAUCUUCCCGAUGAGAACAAACUGAUCCGAGACCUCACAGACAAUCAUCGCUGGCGUAUAUCACUGGCCGUCUCUUUGAUUCAUUCGCCGCCACUUCUGCUUCUGGAUGAGCCCACAGCUAAUGUCGAUCCACUCAUCAGACUCUCCAUUUGGGAUCAUCUGAACGGUCUUUGCAGAGAAGAAGGCCUAACCGUAUUAAUAACUACUCAUUACAUGGAGGAGGCGGAAGGCGCCUAUACUAUAGGUCUUUUAAGAAACGGCAGACUUCUUGCAGAGGACAGACCUCAAGCCCUGUUUGUUCGGUUCAAUGCAAACACUUUUGAUAAGUUGUACUUAAAGUUAUGCCAAAUAGACAAUGAGUUCAAUCAUUUGAAUGCAAACACAAACUCCAGUGCCUUCGAGGGCACGACUUUACCGAUGGCUGAAUGGCCUCUCUGUGAGCGCCGUCUGACUGCCAUUAACGACGCGUUAAUUAAUUUUAAUUUUUUACGCUUUUUUGCUUCAAUUAAGAAGAACCUGUUUGUGAUUCGCGGAAAUCUAGUGAUAAUGUUAUUCUUCUUCAUCUUCCCGUCGCUGCAAAUGGUGUUCUUCUGUUCAUCGAUUGGCCGUCAGGUGCGACACUUACCUGUGGCCACAUAUAAUGGCGAACAUUUUGGACAUUUAAGUCGUCAACUCUUCAGAUCUCUCGACAAUAAUCUCAUCAAACAAAUCAAAUACUCAUCGCUUGACUCAGCCGUCAAGGCAGUGACCAAAGGAGAGGUUUGGAUGGCUAUUGCCGUCUCACAAAACUUUUCACAACUCAUUGAUUUGAGAUAUAAUUGCAUCGCAAAUAUAACCUCACAAGAAAUGCUCGAAAGUAAUGUCAAACUCUAUACCGAUGUCUCGAAUGCAGUGAUUGGACAGCAAUUAAUGUAUUCAUUGAUGAGAAGUGUAAAAGACUUUUUGCCCACAAUUAGUGACAAAUAUUGGGCCAAAUAUUCUGCGCCAAUAGUCAUCAAGCAUUUGGUAUAUGGCUCAGAGAGUCCUACAUUCAUGGAGUUCUUGGCGCCGGGAUAUAUAGUGUCCAUUGUGUUUAUAUCGCCAAUGCUUUUGACGGCUUAUCUCCUGAUUAAAGACCAAAUGAAUGGUCUGUUGGAGAGAUGCCUAUCGACCGGCACUUCGGGAUUCGAAGUCCUUCUCUCGCAUUCCAUAACUCAACUUAAAGUCCUUGUCCUCCAAGAGCUGCUCGUAUUGCUCGUGACGUUUGUUGUGUUCCGAGUGCCCAUCAGAGGACCGGUGACGCCACUGUUGGUGUUGGUAUUCCUGCAGGGAGUGGUAGGCAUCUCGUUCGGCCUACUUAUAUCGGCCAUCUGUCCCAAUGCCAUCUCUGCAAUGCUCUUAACGUCUGGUACAGUCAUUCCAGGGGUACUCUUAUGUGGCAUUACGUGGCCUAUAGAGUCGAUGCCUCGACCGCUGAGGAUCUUGAGUAAAGCACUUCCACUGACACUCCCCAUCGAGUCUCUGCGGUGUAUAAUCAGUCGUGGAGUCAAUGUUUUCUACUUUAAAGUAUUGAUUGGAUUCGUGAUCUCCGCUCUCUAUAGUAGUGUUAACACAGUUUUGGCGAUUCUUAUAUUCAAAUGGAGGACUUCCUCUUGAAAUCAGCGAAUACUCAGUGGUUUUGAAAUGUUUGCAAAAAUUUCUUUAUUUGCU